AUGAAGGCAGCUAUAAACCUCCCCUCGGACAAAAAUGAGCCCGCAGAAGAAGAAGAAGAGACAGCAUCCUACAACAUGUCCUACUACGAGCACAUUUUUCUGGACUAUGACCUAAAUGACACAGGUUCGGGUUCCGGUUCUGGUUCUGGUGAUCUCGGAGUGGACUUGGAUGAGCCGUGCGAGGUAGAGCAUGUGAUGACCACUGAGCUCCAGCAGAUUUUCCUGCCGGUGGUGUAUGCUCUGAUCUUCGCUCUGGGCAUUGCAGGAAAUGGCCUGGUGGUCAUUGUGCUCGGCUGCCAGCGCAGAUCCAAAUGCAGCCUUACGGACCGGUAUCGCCUCCACCUUUCGGCUGCCGACCUCCUUUUCGUCCUGGCUUUGCCCUUCUGGGCUGUGGAUGCCGGUCUGUCCGACUGGAGAUUCGGAGCAGCCACCUGCAUCGGUGUCCAUGUGAUUUACACUGUCAAUCUGUACGGCAGUGUCCUCAUCCUAGCCUUCAUCAGCCUGGACAGAUACCUGGCAGUGGUCAGAGCCACAGACACCAACACUGGAGGACUGAGGCAGCUGCUGGCCCACAGACUAGUCUAUAUAGGUGCCUGGUUGCCGGCAGCCUUGUUGGCUAUACCGGACUUGAUCUUCGCCAGAACUCAAGAGGGGGGAGAAGGAGCCACUCUGUGCCAACGCUUCUAUCCGGCCGGUAACGCUCCACUCUGGGUGGCCGUCUUCCACCUCCAGCUGGUCUUCGUUGGACUGGUGAUCCCUGGUUUAGUGCUGCUGGUGUGUUACUGUGUCAUCGUCACCAGGUUGACCCGGGGCCCACUGGGGGGCCAGAGGCAAAAGCGCAGGGCGGUCCGAACGACCAUUGCGCUGGUGCUCUGCUUCUUCGUGUGCUGGCUGCCCUACGGAGCGGGCAUCUCAGUGGACGCCUUGCUGCGUCUCGAGGUCCUGCCUCGCACUUGCAGCCUGGAGGCAGUUUUGGGCGUUUGGUUGGCAGUGGCGGAGCCCAUGGCCUUUGCUCACUGCUGCCUGAACCCGCUGCUUUACGCGUUUUUGGGGGCCGGGUUUAAGAGCUCAGCUCGCAGGGCCCUCACUCUCAGCCGUGCCUCCAGUUUGAGGAUUUUACCGAGAAGAAAAGCCGGGGCCUCCACCACUACUGAGUCGGAGUCUUCCAGUUUACAUUCCAGCUAGUGUUGACAUCAACUGAUGCCACUACAAUGUGUGUAAAUUCUUUUGUGUAUAUGUAUGUGUGUACUUUAUAUAUUGUGUUGCAUUGUUGUAUAUAUUGUUUUUAGUUGUUUAUCAAAAUGUAUAACAAAGUUAGAAGGUCUGCUGGUCAUGACAUGGCUUCUUUACUGUGACAUUUUCACCUGUAAGUAAUCACUGUGUGUUUAUAAUAAAACAUUACAAAAUGGUAA